UGUUUUCCCGUUUCUUGCACACGGUUUCCCGAUGACGUCUGCGAUGGAAGGGACAACGCAAGACACGCACCUGCUUGAUUAUUCUACCACUUGGGUUACAUUUACUGAGAUCAUCUUUGAAGCUGUACCGACUACUGUUUUUCCUACAGAGGUCGUCAUUUUAUUGUCAGUAUUUGUCGGCGUACUUAUCAUUUUGACGGCAGGAGGAAAUCUGCUGGUAGUAAUUGCAUUUGCCACGACCCCGAAACUUCGUACCUAUAACAAUUACUUUAUCUUGGGUCUCGCCAUCGCGGACAUCCUGGUCGCGGUUGUUAACAUGCCCCUGUUUGCUAUGGUAAUCUUAUUGGGAUAUUGGCCUCUAGGGGCCAUUUUCUGUGAUAUGUUCUCAUUCAUGGACCAUGCUUUCUCGCAUGUAAGCAUCAUCCUUGUGGCCCUCAUCAGUCUCGACCGAUACAUCGCAGUGACAUACCCUAUCCGACACCGGCAAUACUGGCGGCGGCGGCCCCGUGCGAUCCAAAUCAUUGCAAUUUGCUACAUCAUUCCCGUCAUCAUCUGGCUGCCUCUGACCUCCCUUUGGCAAGUCAUCCACGGCAUCGAGAAGCGGCCCAUUCCUGAUGAUGUAUGCACGCCUUUGUACCAUCAGAGCUUUGUUGCAUUUUGGUUUAUCAUCUUUUUAUUCGGGAUGAUUCCAUUUUCAAUUACCUCCGUUUGCUGUGCCAGGAUCUACUACGCCUUGCGCCGUUUCUACACAGGACGCCUGAAGCUGAAAAUGAUGAUCACCGAACAAAAAUUAACGACUCCGAAUACAGGUUCUUCUCAAAUCAGCGACGAUCAAGGAACCGGCAGCGGGAAGGAGAAAGUGUCUCAGGUUAGGGAAGACGUAGGAGCGAACCAAAUUAAAGUAAACAACAACAAAAAGCCCGGAAUCAACCAGGAGAGUAUUAAAGGAGCCCGGACAUUGUUUCUCAUUGCGAUCGCUAUGUGGAUUGCCUGGUUUCCAUCGCUAAUCGUCACUAUAAUGAUCCCAUUCUGUCCCGAUUGUGUACCCCCGGUUGUCUACUCAGCGGCCAUAUUCUGGGGUUAUAUCAAUAGCUUACUCAACCCGAUCUGCUACGCCCUGACGGAUAAAGAGUUCAAGGAUGGAUUCAUUAGGAUCUUAACAUUGAAGUGUUUUGAGAAAGGACAGAUUUAACCCUCUUUAAGCUGUAUAUAGUUCUUUCAAAACAAAUACGAAAGUUAGUGAUUUUUUUUUUUAUUAUUAAGAUAUCAAAUGAAAGAGCUGAUAUUGAACCUCUUAGGCAUGUGAUUUUCUUUUUGAAAUUCAGAUACCCACGCCAAAUAACUUUUUGGUAUCUUUUAUUCAAAUUGAAUGAGGAAUAAUUUAAGUACUUUCAGAUGAAAGAAGAGAUUCAAAGUUUUACAUUGGUAGGUCAUUUGUAUAUUGUAUUUGUGAUUAAGUAAUGAUAAAUCAACGAUAAAUCUCGGUUUCGUUUUUUGUGGGACGCACUGUAAGCAUAAACGCACAUGCACGCACAGAAAUAUUUUUUUUUAGACUUUAAAGCGAAAACAAAUGUUUAAACAGUGCUCCGACGUUGUUGAGUGCAUAUCAAUCAAGUGGAAUUGAGUACAUGAAAUAAAAAAGAAGGUGAUAAUUGAUACUAUUUAUUUCAUUUUGCUUUAUCAAAUUAAAUAAAACCUACAUGUACAUGUAUAUGUUAUUUUAAAUAACAAAUAAUAAGAAUUAAAUAACAUAUAUCUCGUACAAUGUCAAACGUUAUUCUGGAUCAACGAAAUUUGUAUUUUAUAUUUGUUUUCUCCUGAAAGGCAAGUUGAUAAUCUCGGUUGUUUUUAAAGUCGGCUCAAAUGUUUUUUUGGAUCGCCUAAUGCUGGUAAGACUGCUUAAGACGUCCCUCUUUGUUGAACUUGCCUUAAGAAUUAUAGUUGCUGCAGAAUUUCAUGAUAGAUCUUUAAUAUGAAGAUGAAUUUGCCUCAUCUGGUUAUAAUAACUUAACAUUACCUCAUCAUUUAUACGCAUCAUUUUAUGUAGGUCUAGAAAAAGACAAAAGAAAAAGAAAACAAGUAAUCAAAGUGUAUAGCACAAUUUGUAAGAACAUCGCAAAGUGAAUGACAUCAGGGAUUGACAUUUCCGUGGCAGAAUAAUGAAAACUAUGUAGUUUGUAGAGAGAGUGAUAAUCUACCAAUGUAUAAUGUAUACAGCGUUGGCAAUCGCUGUUUGGUCGCAUAAAACCACGGUGCACAAAAUGAUGAUUGUGAUGUGUGUUUCGUUCGUAUACUAGUAAGAUAAAUCUCGUUUCCUCGUAUUUUCAUCACUGAUAUGUGUCAUGAUUGUCUUUCACCAAAUAUUUGGAGCGUCUGUUAUAGACAUGCGGUGUAAAUUACAAAAAAAAUAACUUUGUUCGAUUAUGUCGAAUGGUUAGGCACCGAUGUUUUUCCUUUAAUAAAAGAGUCCUACGUGUGCAUGAAUUAAGUACAAAUAAAAAACAUUGCAUACUCUCAACUAUUUAAAUGUAUAACUAGGCAUGAGAAUUAAAAAAAUCACAGAGAGUGCUAUUUCCACUCUUUCUUAUUUGAUUUGAUUUAUUGUUUUCUUCUGCAUCCAUAACAUUCGUAUAUUAAAUACAUAAUAAACAUAAUAUGCUAGCAUUUUUGGCAUGAAUCAUAAAUAAAGAGUAUUAAAAAGAUAAUUUCAGACAAAAAUUAUUAACUAUAUGAUAUUCACAAUUUGCAGGAGAAGGAUUGUCAUCAUGAGCAAAUUGCUUGAAAAAAAUGACAAUCCCAAACUUAUACUAAUUGAAUUAAUUAAUACAUUUAUAAAGCAGAAUGGGCAUACAUUUUCAAAUACGAAACAUGAAUUCAUGCAAUAUUAUAGUAUGAAGAUGAAGAUGAUAAAGCUGAGGGUGACGGUGAUAUGAUGAUGUUGAUGAUGAUGAUGAUGAUGAUGAUGAAGGCCAUGGAGAUGAUGGUGGUCAUGAUGAAGAUAUUGGUAAUGACUAAAUCGAAGGAGGAAUAAAUUCACGAUAAAAAGGAUACGACACAGAAAUGUUACUUCAAAUAUUCUGAUAAUAACAUAGAUUUAACGUUUGCCUUAAAUGAGUGAAGAGACAAAUAUUGUUUUACAGGCUCUGGUAGAUAGUUCCACAAAUCUGGACCAUUGUGUCUUAUGGAUCUCUGCGCAAUAAGCAAUUUAGGGUUGAUUAAAUAGAAAUUUGAAGAGUUACGGGUAGGGUAAGAAUGAAUAGAUGUAUUCAGAGUAUAAAAAUUGUGGAAUGAAGGUGGGAGCAUGUUAUUUACGUACUUAAACAUAAGUAGUAAGCUUUGAAGAGUAUCUAUGUCAAAUACUGUUAGAGUCUUUAGUUUAUGGAAUAAUGGAUUUGUGUGUGAUAAAUAUUGGGAAUCAGUACAGAUUCGAAUUGCUUUUUUCUGUAAUAAGUAUAUUGUAUUAAUUUUAGUUUUUGCACAUGUUGCCCAAACUAUGUUGCAAUACGAUAUAUAAGGCAAUAUUAAUGAAUUGUAGAGUAUGACAAGAGUUUUAUGUGGAAUUGUGUCUUUCAUUUUGUAAAGUAUACCAACGUUUCUAGAAAUACUAGUAGUUAUACAACGUACAUGUUCAUUCCAAUUUAAAUUUUCAUCUUUUGUGACACCUAACAACUUUGUUUCUCUUUUCCUUUUGAGAGGAGUAUUGUCUAUGUUUAUAUUGUAAGGAAAUUCGUUAUCAUGUGAGUGUGUAUGCUUGAAAUAUAUAAAGUUUGUUUUAUCUAUAUUGAGUGAAAGCUUAUUACACUUAAACCACAAAUAUAGUUAUGGUAAUUCACAGUUAAUUAUAUCUACUAAAGUUUCUAAGCUAUUAUGUGAACAAAAAAUGUUGGUGUCAUCUGCAAAUAAUACAUAUGAUAAUAAAGGUGUUACCUAGGAUUGAUCCUUGUGGAACUCCGCAUUGUAUUAACUGAAAAUCAGAAGGAAUAUUAUUGUGAAUUACAUAUUGUUUUCUAUUGGACAAAUAAAUCUUAAACCAAGAUAGUGUAAUUCCGCGAAUUCCAAAUUUUUCAAGUUUUUUAAGUAAUAUCUGGUGGUCAAGAGUGUCAAAGGCUUUGCUUAAGUCCAUGAAUACGCCUAUUAUAUGUUCUUUUUUUGCCAUUGCAUUUGUAAUUCUAUCGUAUAUUUGUAUUAACGCCUGAUCAGUCGAAUGUCCUUUCCUGAAUCCAUAUUGGUUAGAAUUUAGAAAAUGAAAAGUAUAUAGAAACUUAUAAAGUCUAUUGUAAAUAAUCUUCUCUAAUAUUUUGGAAAUGCUGGGAAGAAUAGAAAUAGGCCUGUAAUUUGUUAUUUCAUGCGGAUUGUCUUUUUUAAAAACAGGAUUUACCUUUGCAAUUUUUAGGAAAUCAGGACAUAUUCCGGUGCUAAUCGACGAUUAAAAAUAUGACACAAAGGAGAGGCAAUAUAGUGUAUGAUCUGCUUAAGAAGGAAAGUACUAAUUCUAUCAAUUCCCUGUGAUUUGCUUGAUUUGAGAUUUUUUGUUAUUUCAAUUAAUUCCUGAACAUUUGUUGGGUUAAAGAAUAAAGAAGAGUUAAUGGGUGUGGGAAGAAAUUUUCCAAAAUUUUCAUCAGCUCUGUCAAGUUUGUUUGCCAAUGAGGGUCCUAAGUUAACAAAAAGAGGAAUUAAAGGUAUCAGCUACAUCUUCUGAAUUCAUCGCAACAUCAUGAGCUGUGAAAUUAUAUUUGGGUAAUAUUUUGGGUUUCUUGCCAAUCAAAUAAUUUAUAAUCUCCCAUGUUGCUUUCAUGUUUGAUUUGACUUUGUAAAGCUUAUCAGAAUAAAAUAAUUUGCGAGAA